UGACGUAUAAACAUGGCUAUUCUUUUUGCUUCUAUGAGACAACCUUUAGUUUAAAUUAUGUUUUUAUGUUGUUUUAGAUUAAUUUAGGAUUUAACAUUGUGUGUAAUAUAGAACAAAAUGAUGAAUUCUUUAAGAAAAUGGCUAUAUAGACCAAAGAAAUCAGACACAUCACUUCUUGCUCAAUUUUUCUACUGUGAUGAAGAACUAAACUUGGUUGCUGCAGAGCUCGAUAGUUUUGACGGCCGAAAAGACCCAGAAAGAUGUUCUGCACUAGUGAGCCAGCUGCGGUCCUCACAAGACAAGGUCCUCAACAUGAUCCAGAUGAUAAUGGAUGAGGCAGUGCCAGGCCAGAGAGCCAGUCGAGAUUUCAGGGUCAAGUUUCCGGAUGAUGUUGUCCAGGAGAACCUAUCCGGUCAAUUGUGGUUUGGGGCUGAAUGUCUAGCUGCUGGCUCAAGUAUUAUGAACAGGGAGGUGGAAAGUUCCAGCAUGCGGCCACUUGCACGUGCUCUUACUAAAAAUCUUGACAGUCUGCGUACCAUGCUCAGAGAACAGUGUCUCAAAAAUGUUAAUGAAUACACAGAACGGAUAAAAGAAGCACUGAUAAUUUUUGACAAGCUGUUUGCUGAAUUUGAACUAAGUUAUGUGAGUGCUAUGGUACCUGUGAAGACAAUGAGAGAAUAUGACACAAUACAAGAGAUGACAGUAUUGUAUUCAGAAACUGUUGCCAGAGCUGUUCGACUUGGACACCUGAGGCAAGAGGUUAUUGAUGAGUAUGACCCAGCUCUGAUGUUCACUAUUCCUAGACUCGCCAUAGUCUGUGGAUUGUUGAUUUACCCAGAGGGACCUUUGAAUCCGGAUAAUGAACCAUGGAAUAUGUCUGACAUGUUCAGACCUUUCCAGACACUGCUUUUCAAAAUAAGAGAGCUGCUGUACACCUUGUCCAAGGAAGAACUGUUUAUGUUGGAGAAAGCUCUGUGCAGUGCUGAGGAACCUGAAUUUCUGUCCAGUCUUGAAUCAGACCUCAACGGUGGCAAAGGUGGUCAGACAGACCGCAUCGAGAGUUCAGGAUAUCAAUACUCAUGUGAAGAAACCAUGGACGAGCCAUUUAUCAUACACACACCAAAUUCUGGAAGCCCUGUCACGCCAACCGCUCAAAAAGAUUUUGUCAUCGGGACCAUGUCUAAUUCUUCAUCGUGCAUGACCGUCAUCGAACGAACAAGGCACGACAGCGCCGAUGAAAAGGACUCCAGUGAAGAUGGCGAAAAAUGUGAUAUUGACGUUUGUGAUAGAAGCGAUAAUGGAGAGGAUGCAAAUAGCUCAGAAUCCUUGCAUGUGUGUGCACAUGUUAUUGAACGGUCUGCUUCCCUAUAUGGAGCUCAAGAUGACUUUGACGAGGAUAUCCACAAUCUCAGCGAACACAUCGGUGCCAGUGAUCUACCACUGAUGCGCAGUAGCCUCACCAGUCUGUCUGUUUUUAACUUGUGCACUGAAAUAGUAGACAGCAUUAUCGACCAGUGUAUUCCUGCCACCGAUGUCUCAAGUGAGCAAACUGUCGCAGAUGAUUAUCCUUGCAGGUCUUCCGCGAAUAGUGAACAUCAAACUUCACCUGUGAAAAAUAAAAGAUCGAAGUGUAGGAAAAAUUCCAGAAGGAAAGCUGCCGCUUCUGCCUGUGUUAAUUUCUCUGCUGGAAAUGACUCACAGCUGAUGGGACAUAACUCCGAGAACUCUGAGACAAUGGGACAUAACUCCGUAUCCUCCAAGCCCACAGAUUCUAAUACUCCGGAAUAUAAUUGCUCAGAAGUUCCUGGCGAUGAAAGACCUGUGUUAGGUGAUAAUGAUAUUGUUGUGUCUCCGCCCAGUACAUCUCGUACUUCAAAUAAUCCAUCUCUUGUGAUUGACGACAGCGAAAUAACCACAGAAGAAUUUUGUAAUGAGUUUGUGACUGCUGUUGAACCGGACAACCAUGGUUCAGUGUCUGCUCAAAAGUGUAAAAAUGCAUCCUCUGAUGUGCAGUUUGGGAAAGAAAAUAGGAACGGCUCCUUCUCUGGGAAUAAUCCCUUUGAGAACAUGAAUGUCAAGACAUCCGGCCAUUGUGACAACAUGGAGAGCAUGUGCAUAGAUUCCCUGGCCGUGCCCAACAUCCAUCACCUGCACUACACGGAGAGCCUGAGCACUUGCUCCAGUUGUAAAAGUGUCUCCAGCAUUGCCAGUGACUGUGAAUGGGACCGUGAAAGCUGUGCCAGUAGUGAGACAAGUUCAUACAACUCUGAAUGUCAUGACGAUGAGGAGAUUGCCCUGGCCAUCCAGGCUGCUGAACUGGCAUCACGGAACGAGGCUCGUCUUCGAUUCCGCAGCAGCAAUGAUAUGAUUCACAGGCUUUUUGUGUGUAUAUCUGGGGUUGCCGAUCAGCUUCAGACGAACUUCGCCAGUGAUCUGCGGAACAUUCUGAGGGCAGUGUUCGACCUCAACUGUUCAGAACCGCUGAUAGUGAUAGACAACAAGAAGGACUUGAGAACUGGAUUCGCUGCAAAUAUCAACCACUCUAACGAGGAUGGACAUAGCAGGAGUCAUGGCCAGCAACAGGGUCACAGUAGAACUGGGCAGCAGCGUGCCCGACAAAGUCCAGAGCCACCUGAAUGGAUCCCGGAUGACAUGUCGCCUAACUGUAUGGCUUGUGCUGUGCCUUUUACAUUUGUCCGACGAAGACAUCACUGCAGAAACUGUGGCAAGAUAUUCUGCAGUCGAUGCUCAUCGAAUGCUGUCCCGUUGCCACACUUUGGUCAGUUGAAGCCAGUCCGAGUGUGUAACCUGUGCUUCAUGUUCCAAGUUACACCCUUCACCAUGGCAACCACGUAGUGCUCAAGGGUCAAGCCAGUGAUAAUGUUUAGUUUUUAGUAAUAACAAUUCUUAAAAACUCGAGUAACAUGAGCAGCAGUAUAGGGCACUGUGUAUUUCUUAGACCUUGUGUAUUGUUUUUGCAACAUUCUUUAUCAGUUGUUUAGACAUCUACUGGUCAUCAGAAUUUGACAGGUAAAGUUAAUGGAUUUAUUUUAUAUACACUAAGCUACAAAAGAAAUACUAGGUGCACAAUUACAACAAAAUGUAUUAGGCAGAGUUAUGAAAUUAACAAUAAUUGAAAUGUUGCUUUUUUGUGAUUUCAGCUAAUGGAAUUUUUUUUUAAAGGAGGUUCUGUUUCAUUUAAUAUGAUAUAUAAUAAUUUACAGGGUAUUUGUAUUUACUUGCAUUUCUUUUGUCACUCAGUAUAUAUAAAUAUAUAUUACAAAACCUUGCUGUCAUGUUAAUGUUUGACAGAGAAAGUUAAAGGAUUUUAUGUUUUGAAGUUGACAUCAUGGAUAUAACAAUAAAUUACGAAAUUUCUGAAUAUAGUCCUUGUGAGUGCUGGUGGCUUGACAAUGUUUCUUUGAGUGAAGAAAUAUUGAAACAUCGCAUUUGAUUGUGAUGCUCAUUAUGAUUAAAUAAAGAACUUCAGAACAUACCUGCUUAAUGUGUAGUAGUAUUAUUAGUGCACAUCUUUAAUUUGUUUCUGGUAUUAUUGUUGAACCCUGUAUAUUACUAAAGGUUGGCAACUUUCAAUUCUGGCCACAUUAAUAUGCAAGGAUUUUUCUGUUUGGUUUUUGCUGCUGUAAUAUAUAGCAGUAUAAUUUAAAGAGUUUGCAGCUGUUGUUAAGAUGUGUCAGACUAACCGAGCUCUUUGUUUUAAUGAUUAUACUUACAAAGUAAAUGCAUUUUUGUUUAUAGAAUAUCAAUAUUUGUAACUCAAACUUCAUUUUAUUUUCUGAUGUGUAUGUCUUCGUACGUAGGUACAAAAAUAUUGGAAGGUAAAAUUCAGUUUGGUCUACUACAAACAUUAGAAUGUCCGGGGCCCGCGCUUACAAAACUUUUAGAGUCCAGACUCGGUCUCUAAUGACGUCACAUGCAUACAAUUUGUAUGGCGUUGUCAUGGACAUUACUGCCGCAGAGUCUAUUAGAGUUUCGGGUCUAGACUCUAAAAGUUUUAUAAACACCAGGCCAGAAACAUAUUGGAUAUACAGGCACUGAUAUUGUGAAAGUGUAUGUAAUAAUAAUAUUAGUCAUUAAAAAGGCUGUACUAGUCGGAAACGUUAUAAUGGCAGCAAACUCGGGACAGUGUCUUUAAUGUUUUUUGGGGGCUUAAUUUGUUUAUGAAGAUGAGGAUGGUUAUUUUUUUCCAUAAUUAAAAUUGUUCAUAUUACUUAUUGACUAAUAAGCUGACCUGUAGAUGAUUAUGUCUAAUGUAUUUGUACUACUGUAAUAGGUAGCAUGCUUCACAAAAUCAUGAAACUUACGACAACUAAUAGAGAACUUCACAUUUUUUACUUCAUGUUUUUAUACGCCAUUAUAUUGUUUUAGAUUUGUAUUCUUUUAAUGCACCAAUCAGUGAUAGCACAAUUAUUUUGUCUCUUGUGUUUGUUUAUUAGAUUCUUAUAAUCUUUUUAUACCAAUGUGAUUUUAUAGUACAGUUUACCAGGGUGAUAUUUGUUUUCCAUAUUUAUUUUCCUAAGUAGGCCAAUGGCUUUCAUAUUGAAGGUGAAGGUGUGCCAAUUGCUGAAACAUUACCAAAAUAUUAUAACAUUUUAUACAAGUAGUGUUUUUGAAUGCUUAAUAAAAUAUCAGAAAACAUCUUUUUAUAGGAAUGAGAUUGCAUCAAAAUGUUCUUCAUGUAUGUCUGUUAACAUUUUGUUAUCAGUUAUAGUGGACUUUCUAAAGCGGAAUAUCAGUAAUCAUCGUGGUGGGUGUAAACCAAAGUGAGGUAUUUUUGUCUCUGUCCAAUAGUUUCUUCUUAUCUUAAGUCACAGACACUUGAAAGAUCUUUGGUGUUUAAUGUUCAACUAUAUCAUGCAAUGUCUGAUAAAUUGUAACUUAGGGGGAAAUAGGUCUAAAUGAGAUAUUAUGUGUAAACUGGCACUGAUUUUAUCACUCAUCCAGAAUCCAAUUUACUUCAAAUUAUGAAUGAAAGAAAGAAUGAAAGAAAGAAUGAAUGAAUGGUAUUUCCAUUGAACUGUUUCCAAACAAUACCAAUCAGUACACAGAAUUAUUUCACCAAAUUAUAAUAAAAUUUGCCAAUAUUUUUGUUGAUUUGUAAUUGGCGAAUUUAGAGAGUUUUAGAAUUAGCCCUACACUGGACAAAAGAUUAGUUUUGUAUGUUGAAAUACUUAAAUCUUUAGAAUGGAGUACAUAUUUCUCCAACAAUUUAUAUUUUUACAGCUAGCUAUUUUAAUGUAAUGUUCAUGCAUGUGAAAAUAAUGUUCUAUUUUCACAUGUUAAGUUUGUUAAAAAUAACUAUAUUCUCCACAUCCAAUAAAUAUGAUCGGUAUCAUGCCUUUCAUGUCACAGUCAAGAAUUGAAUGGGAAUCAUGUUGUGUAGAAGUCUUUCAUUUCUGUCUAUACUAUAACUUAAUUUUUGAAAAUUGUAAAUAUCAGCUUUAUUUUGCAAAGAUCACAAUAAAGAAUCACAUAUUUGUUUCUUGAUGAAUGAAUGAAUUUGUUGUAUUAACAAUUACUAAGUGCUUUUUUGUUUGAAAUCCAUAUAUGAUUGUAAAAUUGGAGUAAUAUUACCACUUUAUACACUUUAUGAAAUUGUUAGCAUAUAUUUAGAUUUCUUAAUAUAAUCUUGCAGAUAAAAUUAACAUUGAGUUCAAUCUUAUAAAAGGUUUAGAAAUAAAUGAUGUUAUAUAAAGUUAUGCAUGGACAUAUUGUUUUAGCUGUCAUUUUAGUUGAGGUUAACCCAUCUGCUAGCAGUAUGUGGGUUUUUAAAACAAUUGUAUUAAUGCCAAAUUCAGUAAAUGUUUCAGUUUAUUAAUAAACAUAAUUAAAAUGUAUUCAAACAAAUAAAAAUAAACAUCGAUAAUGACGCAUUAUUAGAUUGUCUUUCAAACGAUUUGUUCCUUUAAAAUCAACAUCUUAGAUGAACAAAUAUAAUCCAAUUGUAGAUACCAUACUUACAAAGUGCUUUUAUUUUACUCGGAAACUAUGUAUUUGUAUGUACACACACACACAUAUAUAUAUAUAUAUAUAUAUAUAUAUAUAAUAAAAUAUAAUAAAUUAUGUUUUUAUACUA